ACUGCAUCGUUAGUCGAGCACUUGGUUGGGCAAGCCCAAUUGAGCGAAGUCGGCGCUUUGUCCACAAUCCGACGCGACGCGUCGAGCGCUUCAUACACCGUGACCGUGUUUUUUGGUCUUUCAAGUUGCCACUGGCAUGUUCUCCUUGCUUUUGCAUCGUGAAAGGUAGAAUUUGCUAGACGAGACCCAGCUACAUGUGCGAGUGUUGCCAUAUUUUGACUUACGUGCGGCUCUUGGCAGGACGAUUAACCUUCGGUGCACAAGACGACGGACGACGUUCUUCACCCUUGAAUCUUCUUUGAGCUUAUAGAACUACUUGAACUAUGCAAGCGACGCUUGAUGCGCCUGCUCUGAAACAACUGGUCCGCGCUUUGACGUGCCUGUCUAGAUAUGGUGACGACCUGAUGAUAAUCGCCUCACUCAAUCGACUAUUGCUCCAUACGACGAAUACCUCGCAAACCGCGUAUGGACGAAUCGUAUACAACAGUCGUUUCUUUGUUCGAUAUCGCGUGGAUCCUCGGUCCAUGGACGAGGAUAUGAACGUUGAUGGACAGCUUUCAAUAAAAUCCUUGCUGGGUGUUCUCAAACCCAAGACAGUUGAGAAGACCGUCACUAAAUGCGACCUCUCCAUCGUGCAUGGCGAAGCUCCAGAGGGUGAAGAGGAUGAAGACCAUGACAGUCUUGAAAGCAAGCUGAUUGUUCGCUUGUAUUGCAAACAUGGCGUUGUCAAGACACACCGACUAUUGCUUGCAGAAACUCUGAAGCAUAUGGCCCCAAAUGUCCCUGAUUCUGUUGAAGAGUCCAACCUCAGCAUCCCACCAAAGAAUCUAAAAGACAUCAUUGAGCACUUCAACACCGCGAAAGUUGGGAAGGUGGAUCCUCAGUUAAUUUGGACGUUCGAUACGGACAGCGUCCUUGUUCGGAGCCAAGAAAGCUUCAAUUCCAAAGGGACAAGCCAGAUAGCUACCGAGUUUUCAGUUGGUGCAGACGAAUUCACAACAUAUGACAUAUUCGCUCCUCCGGUCACAAUUGCGUUCCAUCUGCGCGAGUUUAGUGCUAUGAUGGCGUUUGCUGAAGCGUGUGGUCUUUCGGUCCAUAUGCAAUUCACCGUUCCCGGGAACCCUCUCUUCGUACAACCCGAAGGUGGUGAAUUCUACGAAACCCUCUUCAUCAUCUCGUUGACCCAGGUCAUUACCUCCGGAAACACGAGUCAAGCCUCCAAUAAUCGAUCAGCGCCCCAGCGACAGCCGCAACCGCAGCCUCAACGCAGGAAACGUCCUCUGGAGGACGAUAGUAACCAAUCCAGUGCUUCAGUGAACGAAAAUGGUGAUAGUCAGGCACACCGGCAGCCUGAAAGAAUUCCAAUUCGUCCCAAACAACCCAUGAAAGCUAUUGUGCGGACAAAUCGUGCUGAAUCUUCUGCGCGAGACAUGGAGUCUCCAGCUCCUGGAGGAUCUAGAGGAUCUAUGCCUCCACCUUCUCUGCCCGCUUCUGCAAUGAAACGAGGACCUACUGCUAGCCAACGAACCGAUCCUGAUCCUCCCCCAUCAGAGCAGCCGUUAUUCCUGCCCAGUUCUCAGCUGUCUCAGCUGUCUCAAUUAUCUCGCGAGGCCGAGGAAGCGAUCAUUCAGUCUGGGCUUGGAAUCGAGAACAUGGAUAUGGCGGAGUUCGCAGCGAUGUUGGAGGAUGAAGGCGAAGAGGUCGGAUUUAACGUUGAUGAAGAUGGAGAGGGUGGUGCACAGGGUGAGGACGUGCAGAUGCGAGAAAGUAGCCUGGAGAUCUGGGAGACGGGGACUCAGUUGGGGCCAACCCAGGAGAGUAGGAGCGAUAGGGUGUUCAAACCUCUUUUUGAUGACUAGACGCAACAUCUUGGACGGUGUAUGCUAUAGAUGCGCAUAAUGUACAACAACACUGCAAUAGAACUUCGUAAUGUGCGCCCCAAAUUCCCGCCUCUUCCGCCGCCUUUAUUUUGUUUCGCCAAUGCCUAUAAUGUCCGUCAGUAUUCUUGAAACGUCUUGGUCACGGGCCCGAAGACCUUCGGCCUACCUCCUAUGGCUGCAAUUUCAACUCCAUCAUUUGUAUCUCCAUUGCGCCCCUCUUGAAAAUCUCGCGCAAAUGCAGCACCCCUUGCUUUCUGCGAAGAGUGCGGCGACGAUUAGGGUGCGAUGACGAUAACGGGAUAUCUUUCGAAUGGGUCCGACGCAGUUCCCUUGAGCGGGGUUUAGGGAAAGGCCAGUUAUCCGCAUAAUCGCGCCUCGCUCUUCGCUCUCUGCUCGAAGACGUGCGUUGACUGAGGCGCAUCGGAAAGUGUCGAGAUGUUGUUGCACUCAUCGAGGAUAUGGGCUCAGUGGAUGCCAUGGUCAUAGUGGAUGAUGAGUGGGUUAGAGGAUGUUAGGUGUGGUAUAUGGUGGCGGUGACGAUGCAGGAUGACGAGGGGGUGUAAAGAAGCGAAGGGGAGAGGGCGAGACUCUAUAUAUCUGUUUUACGGUCACGCAAGGCCCUUGCGCACGCGUACUUCAUAGAAGGAUGAACGAGAGUGGCCCCUAGUACCGGAGCUUCCCGAUCUCGUUGCGCUUCUCGAAUCAUCGUAUAAGACACUCCGUCACUUGUAUCCGGUUUCAAAGGAUAUUCAUCUGAAGAGUGUCUUGAGGUAUAAGGCAUACGGAAACAAGUGAAUGCGAUAGCGUAACAAACCUAGGCUGAAUCUAAGACUCGGAAAAUCCCAAUUAACACGGCCUGUCACGUUGUGACAACACGCGUCUUCAGGACGCGUCCGACGUGCAUUCUUGUUUAUCAAUAACCCCCACCUUAAAUCCAUCAUCUCAUUCU